AUGGUCUCAGCUUCGACCGUAUCAAUCGGGCAGUUGUUUUCUCAGAACUCUGUUGACGAGAUAGUGACUAACGAUCAGUUUAAUUUGCAAGCAAUGGCUUGCAGCCGGAAGAUUCCCAACCGAAAACAUCCAACUCCCACAAUUCUUCUGCCGAAGGGUAUUAGUUAUGGAGCCAAUCCACAGGAAAUGCCAUUUCUCACGAAGUUUGUUUGUAAGACCCCUUUUUUCUUCUUGCAGUUGCUAGGCACUGUUGACUGUUGUCAAUAG